CGGACGUGUACAGUGACCUCAGCAGUUUGUGCGUAUCAGCUGACACACAUACACUGACGGGAAAACAUGGAACGCGGUUUCUCUCUUGCUGGACCUUCUUCUAAUCCUCGUAAACGUCAGGUGCGAUUUUCAGCACGUCAUGACAUCCUGCUCCUCCGUGAGGUGAUAGCACAGAACCCCUUCACUUCUAAAGAGUCAGGCCGGAUCUGGGCAAGGGUGGGUGAAAUUAUUACUGCGACCCUACAGGAUGAGAACUUUGAGGUGGAUGGACGCAGAUGCAGGGAGAGAACCAUGCUACUGCUGGAUUAUUAUAAAAAACAGGACUUUGCAAGUCUACGCAGGUUUGGUACGGAACGCCUGUAUGCACAAAAAGAAGACCUGUUGCACGAAGUUCUGGAGUUGGAGGCAGAGAAGAAUCUUCUGGCCAGUGGGGAAAGUAAAUACCAAGAUGACGAACUCAGGAAGAGAGCACUGGAGGAAUUAUCAUCGCCUGAGCCUGACAAAUCCACUGUGCUGUCAGUAACAACAGCUCCCCCCACUGUGGUAGCCAGCCCGGAACCUGAGGAGCAGGAGGAGGCUGAGCUCACAGCUCCCACAGCCAAACGGCCAUGUCAGUGCUGCUGCCAGACCUACUCAGAGAUCCUAAGCUUCCUAGAAAAGCGAUUUGAAGCAGAGCAGAGUCUGCGAGAGGAGGAAAUGGCACUGAGAAGAGAGGAGCUAGAAAUCCAGAGGAGUAAAAUUGCCCUGGAUCGGGAGCGUCUCGGGGCAGAAAGAAAAGAACGGGAACGUCGGUUUGAGCUGGAGAGUCAGGAAAGGCAGGUUAUACUGGAUUUGUUAAAAGAGAAGGUCCUAAAAAACGAACGGACCUCUGACUGAAAUUAGAUGUUUCAGUCUUUGAUGUUGAACUGUCCUUCCAGCCAAUGCUAUAUUAUGCUUUCCCUGUUUGAAUUGGUCUGAAAAUAAUAUAGCAUGAAAAUAAUAUAAACCCAUAUUAUAGUUGAUUUUUCAUAACAUUGAAUAAAAUGGCUAAAUGCCUGCUGAUAUGUUUGCAUUCAAUAAGUCACCUGAUAGAACACUGAUUUUUUUGUAACUAAAGUAAUGGAUUUAGAUGCAGUAUAGGUAUCCUG